GAGCCACUAUUCUGCGCCCCGGGUCACCGAAAUCCCUCUGAUAAACACACCGCUUGCCGCUCCCCUCGUUUCAAUCUCGAUCGAAGUUGGACACUGUGUAUACUGCAUGGAUAGUGUCUGCGUUGGCAAAGAGAAGCCCUUUGACGAUUUUGUACAAAGGAAGGGGAGGAAACACCAAGACAUAGGGGCAUUUCGACUGACCGCUGUGUGCACAGAGUGAUUGGCGUCGAAUGUUGACCCAUUCAGAAUCGGACAGAUACAUGCAAGGAAAAAGCGGUGAUUUCGAGAUAUGGCGGCUCCGCUCGAUGAGUCGCAGCCCCAGGGCAAUGCCGCAACAAUAAGAUACACAAUCGGUGCACCACGCCCACAGAACGAAGCAUCACAUCAGCAUACACCCUCAAACGGAAAUAACCAAUUCAACGCAUACGGACACCCACCGAAUUCCUCAAAUGGUAAUCCUAACGAUGCACAAUACGAUAGCGAUGCCAGAUAUUCCAGCGACAGUCGCACUGGCAGAAAAAGAUCCUUAGGCGGGCCUGGCGGUAAUGAGAGGAGCAGAUCAAGAACAAAUGGCAGUACUGGCAGAUCACCUGGGUCGUCGAUGCGGACAUGCAAAAAAUGCGGCGAGCCGUUGACAGGUCAAUUUGUGCGCGCUCUAGGUGGCACAUUUCACCUCGACUGCUUCAAGUGCGCCGACUGCGGACAGAUUGUCGCCUCGAAGUUCUUCCCUGUCGAUGCUGAGGAUGGUUCCGGACAAUUUCCUCUUUGCGAAACGGACUAUUUUCGGCGGUUAGACCUGCUCUGCUUCGAAUGUGGAGGCGCUCUUCGUGGCUCCUAUAUCACUGCGCUUGACCGCAAAUACCAUAUCGAGCAUUUUACCUGCUCUGUAUGUCCAACAGUCUUUGGUGCACAAGACAGUUACUACGAACACGACGGCAAAGUUUACUGUCACUACCAUUACUCCACACAGUUCGCCCAACGAUGUAAUGGCUGUCAAACCGCUAUCCUCAAACAAUUCGUUGAGAUUUUUCGGAAUGGACAAAAUCAGCACUGGCAUCCGGAAUGUUACAUGAUUCACAAGUUUUGGAACGUGCGGCUAGCACAAUCCGGAUCCAUUUCAGCAGGGAAAGACAUCAAUGCCCCGGUCACCGAGGAUGAGAGAGAGUUAGUCAAGGAAGACGAAGAGAAGAUGGAGGACAAAGUCUACCGCAUUUGGAGUACCCUGUCAACUUUCGAAGAAUCGUCCGCUUCUUGCAUCUCAGAUAUGCUUCUCCAUGUCAGCAAUGGUGUCUAUGUUGAUGGAGUGAUAGUGGCGCGCAAGUUCAUCUGGCAUGUUGACAUCUUGUUUGGAGCAAUCGAUACACUUGCAGCUCUGGUGGCAGCCGCAGGAUUGCGAGAACUUGGCUACGGCAGGGAAGCCAAACUACUCUGCAAGAAGGUGGUCGCUUUCUUCACGCUCCUCUCCAAGACUCAGGAGACAGGUGUACGCAAGCUGGGAGUCACUCAGGAACUUUUGUCUCUCGUCACUGGCUUGGCCCACUACCUGAAGCUUCUCAUCCGAAUCGGGCUCCAAGGAGCAUUGAAGCUGGAACGGGAGCGAGGCACUCCAGAAGGUCUCCAUGCCUUCCUGGGCGAGCUUGCAGAUCUCGAGACAAUCAAAGAGCAGGAGAUGAAGUCAUUGGACCUAGCAGAAAGUGUGGCAGGCCUUGCAAGCCAAGAAUCCGACUGUUGCUCAGGGUGCUUGGAACCAAUCGACGACGAGUGUGUCAUGAUCUACGGCCGGCGUUGGCACGCAAAGCCACCACACCUUAUCUGCAGUGUAUGUCAACGCGACCUGACCAACGACCUUGCAAAUGCAGUCUACAGCGAAAGAGAGGAAAAAGUGUACUGCACGGAUCAUUCGAGACGGGUUCAGGAUACAGUCUCGGGAUUCUCGAAUGUCACCAAACUACAACAAUAUGUCUUUUUGUUGCGGGUAGCUUUAGCAAGGCUGCUGGAAGUGCUCAAGUCUGGCGGCACUUUGCCACACACUUCUGAUGACCCCAAUCUCAGCCCUUACAACACAACGGAGGGUCAUCAUGUAUCGCCGACUGGUGAACAACUCAAUCCACAUCAGAAGAUGGGAUCCCGUUCCCGUUCCUACGCCGGGGUAUCAAGAUCAAGUCAGCCAGAGUCCUCUUUGGAACAGACCGUCGGUGAAAUGAAGAGAUUGCGCUCCACUCGAAAUGAACGCACGCUUUCCACAACUUUCCGAAAGGCGCGCGAGUCGAAAAUUCUCUAUGGACCAACCGGGAUACGUCCGGGCUCCGAAGGCGGGGACAGCCAGGAUGGAAGAAACCGUGGCGGAUUCCAGAUAGUCGAAGAGCGUGACCUUGAUGGCAGGAUGCGACCUGAAUUAACCUUUGGAAACCAAGACGGUUUGACGCUGGACGACAUUCCGAGAAUUGUGGCUGCUGAGCAAGCAAAAGAGCAAAGACCUAAUGCAUUUCGCCAUGCAGGCACGAAUCUCAUUGGACACCGCGGCAACGAACCGAGACUGAUCAAUGGCCAUCAAAGAGCCGCGUCUGCCGGCAACGACUUGUUGGCGGGUGAGCCUAACCCCCUGCGUACCAAACGAUACUUUUCGGAAUUAUCUGCUCUUGAAUACUUCAUUGUGCGGCAUGUAGCCGUUCUUUCAAUGCAGCCACUUUUGGAUGAGGAAUACACCUUGGAAGAUUUGUUGGGUUUGAUCGAAACAAGAAAGCAGACUUUCUGGGGCAAGGUCAGCCGUGCGCUCCGGAAUGACGGCAAAGCAAAGAAAAAAGGUAUCUUUGGUGUCCCUUUGGAAACACUUGUCGAGCGCGAAGGCGCCGAAUCUACCAAUGGAGUCGGUCCUGGUGCCCUCAGCGUCCCUGCCAUCGUUGAUGAUUGCGUUUCUGCCAUGAAGCAGAUGGACAUGUCAGUUGAAGGUGUGUUCCGAAAGAAUGGUAACAUCAAGCGGCUCAAGGAGGCCUCUGAAGCCAUCGAUUCGAACGCAACACCAGACCUCAAUCGCGAAAACCCUGUUCAAGUUGCCGCUUUGCUCAAGAAAUUCCUCAGAGAGAUGCCUGAGCCUUUGCUUACAUUCAAGUUGCACAAGCUCUGGAUCACGUCGCAAAAGAUCGCAGAUGAAGAGUGCCGGAGGAGAAUACUGCACUUGACCUGUUGUCUAAUGCCGAAGAGCCAUCGUGAUACUAUGGAGGUCUUGUUCUCUUUCUUAAAGUGGACAGCUUCAUUUUCACAAGUGGAUGAAGAAUCCGGCAGUAAGAUGGACAUCCACAAUCUGGCCACGGUAGUUGCGCCAAACAUUCUGUAUGCCAAAGAAAAAGCACCAAACGCAAGACAGCCAGCCGUCCCACAAGUUGACGACAGCUUCCUCGCUAUCGAAGCCGUCAAUACCUUGAUCGAAUACAAUGACUACUUUUGCCAGGUGCCGGAAGAUCUACAGUCUAUAUUGACCGAUAGCAGCCUUCAUGUUGGACCUGUAGAAAUCACCACCAAGGAGAUUCUAUCGAGGUAUGGCCACAUCGCAAAAGGUCAAGUCGUGAGGCAGACAGUCCAGGCCCCCGACGGCCCAGCUCGGAGUCCAGCUUCUGCAACAAACUCGUUCGGCCCUGUCGCUACCCGCGUGGACGUCGACCCGUCUCAAACCACGGCAUGGCAGAAGCAGAGUUCUGUGCGGCCUGUGCAGAACAUGGCAUCAGCUACAUCUGGCCCCAAUCAUGAUUUCAAUUUUAGCGCACCCAACAGCCCUUACGCAAGGGAACGAGCUGGCAGCUCAGGCAGCGCCGGCAGUCACGUGGGAGGCUCCGGAAGGCACAGCUUCCAACCAAAGCCUGGUACAAUGGGCGUCCCGGGUUGAAAAAACACUUUCUCACCAAAACAACCUCCAGCAUGUUAUGGCGUUCUUGUCUUGUUGGUCUAUGAUGGUGACUGUCCCGGAGCAUUAGGGCCGGUAUGGUACGCGCUGGCCGAGGAAGAACGGGACCAUCGAAUGGUCCA